UCGUCUUUAUAAAAAACUGCUACAAAAUUAUGCACUACAUAUAAAUAAUAGCAAUAGCGAUGCCAAAACUUUAAUCCUAAUAAUUACUUGGUGCUCGUAUACAUAAACCAAAUAGAACAAUUUCAGUUUUUGUCAACAUGAAAUUUCUAUUUCUUUCUUUUCAAUAUUCAACCAUAUCAAUAAUCUGUAAGUCUAAGAUUUUCAUAUGCCUUUCAAGCCAUUGCUAUUCUCCGCCCUCAUUUCUACUACUCCGUCUUAUCGAUUUGGGGUAUUCAAGACAUUUUUCAUAUAGAUUUUCUACCAUCUCAACCUGUAAGUCUAAAUUUCUUAUCGGUUUAUUAAGAACAUAUAUAUAUAUACAAUACAAAAAAAUUUUCAAUUUAAAACAAUAAAGUACAUUAUUUUAUUAUAUCUCUAGCUAUUUUCGUGUAAACAUACUAAAUUCCUUUUUUUUUCUUUUCAACUGUUGGACGUUAUAUAUACACGGUUUUAGUAGUUACUUUUAUAUAUUCUCAAUAUAAUAUUGUAUGACUUGAGCCAUGUAUAAAAGUACCAUUGUCCACCUAUAUAUAUAUAUUGGGAAAAGUUAAAGUGAAACAUCCUUAUAUGAGAACCGUGAGAAUUAUAAAAAGGUGUUGCUUUUUUCAGAAAAACGUGUUACUUUGUAUUUAUUUUUUUUCUGAUAGAUCCUGUUUUUUGGUAAAAAGUACCAGAUUUUUUUAAAAAUAAAAGUAACACAGUUUUUGUGCAAAAGUAGCACCUUUUUCAGUAAAAAGGUAACACAUUUUUUGGUUCUCACGGUUUACAUAUAACCGUGGUUUGCACCUGAACACGACCAUAUAUAUAUAUAUAUAUAUUGCUCUUCUAGCAUUUGUUCUAAAUUAAGAAGUCCCAACAUGAAUUACUUCCCCAAAAAGUUAUCACUUACUACAUCCUCCUCCCUCAAACCCUCCAUGUCAUCAUUCCUUAACUACAUAAUCUCUCAUGCCAAACCAUUUUGGCUCCAACUUUGCUACUUCCUCUUCCUAUCGACAAUCGGUUACUUGGCUUUGAAGGCAUUAGAGCCGAGAACCAAACAUAACCCUAAUGAUUUAAACCUAUUUUUCACCUCAGUAUCAGCUAUAACUGUUUCAAGUAUGUCUACAGUUGAAAUGGAGGUUUUUUCCAAUUCCCAACUAAUUAUCAUGACCUUUCUUAUGCUCCUUGGUGGAGACGUAUUAGUUUCUUUUUUCGGUCUCUUUAUUCAAAGGUUUAAAUUUUUAUUUAAACAAAAUAAAAUUGAUAUGGAUAAUAAAGAUAAUUUUGUAGUAGUAAAUUCUAGAGAAUUAGGCUCAACUAAUUUUAAUACUAGUUGGGAUAGUAAUAAUGAGAAAAUUACUCUAGUCCUAGAGUCCUUUAAUAAUAGUGACCAAAAGGGUCAUUUAAAGUACAAUUGUCUUAAAAUUUUAGGGUAUGUAGUCCUAGGAUAUCAUGUCAUUAUACAUGCAAUUGGGUUAGUUUUAGUUACCAUGUAUAUAACUCUAACUCCAAGUGCUAAACAUGUCCUUGAAAGUAAAGGACUUGUCCUACAAACUUUUUCAUUUUUUGUCAUAAUUUCGACAUUUUCGAAUUGUGGUUUUAUCCCUACAAAUGAAAAUAUGAUUGUAUUUAGAAAAAAUUCAGGCCUUCUUUUGAUUUUAAUCCCUCAAAUAUUUUUGGGUAAUACUUUAUUUUCACCAAGUUUAAGAUUAGUAAUAUGGGUUUUAGAGAGGUUUACUAAGAAAAAAGAGUAUAAUUAUAUGUUAAAUAAUUACAAAGAAAUGGGUUUUGAUGGGUUAAUGUCUAGUAAAGAGUGUUGGUUUCUUGUUGGGAGUGUUUUUGGGUUAUAUAUGUUGCAAAUUGUGUUGUUUUCUGCCAUGGAAUGGAGCUCUGAAGUUAUGGAGGGAAUGGGUUCGUAUGAGAAGUUUGUAGGAUCGUUGUUUCAGACAGCGAAUUUGAGACAUAGUGGGGAAUCUAUUGUUGAUCUUUCUAUCGUUAGUUCGGCCAUCUUGGUUGUAUUCAUUAUCAUGAUGUAUCUUCCACCAUGCUUUUCAUAUCUUCCAAUUGGGUAUCAGCAAAAAGAAAAAUUAGAUGAUAAUGACAAGACCAAAUUAGAGGAAAAGAAGAACAUCAUAAAGAAUAUGGUGUUGUCGCAGUUAACUUAUUUGUCCAUCUUUGUUAUUGUGAUUUGUAUCACUGAGAGAAAAAGCUUAAAACAAGAUCCUCUCAAUUUUAAUGUUCUUAAUAUCGUUUUCGAAGUCAUAAGUGCCUACGGAAAUGUGGGAUUCUCCACUGGCUAUAGUUGUGAACGAAGACUAAUAAAGACAAAGGAAUAUUGCGAAGACAAAAUGUAUGGUUUUGUAGGGAAAUGGAGUAAUGGAGGAAAAGCAAUGCUUAUACUUGUUAUGUUAUUUGGAAGACUUAAGAAAUUCAAUUUGCAUGGUGGAAAAGCUUGGAUACCUCUUUCCUAAGAAAUUAAUUGUCAUACUAUAAAAAUAAAAAAGGUUUUGUAAAAUACAACAUCCUUCUUGUUGGAGAAAUCUAGGUAAUUUUGUGUAUAGGAAUAAUCUUCUUCAUAAGGCAUAAUUGUAAUACUACGUUUUUGUAAAAUAGAAUACUCUAUUUUGAUAUCGACCCCAAUAAACUACUAAUAUAAGUGAUCACUUUA